AAAACUGAUUCUAUGGUUGACGAAAAAUAUUCCUUAUUAGUAAAUCAUACAUUUGAUAAUUUUUUAGAUUAUCAAAGCAUUAAUCCAGAACAAAUUAGUGAAACAUAUAGACAAAAAAUUACACCAAUUGUAGCUAGAUUGAUAUUAAUAGUAAAUGACGAUAAUUGUGAUGAUCGUGAUGGUGAUCUCCAUAGAUCUUGUGGUACUAAAAUUACAAGAUUUGGUUCACAAAUUAAUGAUAAGGAUUUGUGUGUGCGUUCUGAUGUGAUGUGUUUAAUACAUAAUGCUAACUUCCGAUGUCCUCAAGUCGAAAAAAUCGGAAAUUAUGGAAUCAACAUAACUGAUCUUUGUGAUACUACUGUCCCUUGGGCUCUUCCUUCAAGUAACGAUUGGUAUUGUCAUGAUUCGAGGCAGUUUGUUUGCACUAGUUAUGAUGAUCCGAAUAUAGACUUUUGCUUUGGAGGCCCUC